GUAACUCAUUCCCAUUAAUCCAAUUUAUUUAAACCCCAAACGUUUACAGUGAAAUCAUCAACUAAGAAGUUCUAGUGAAGUAGAGAUAAUUCUCCAUAAAUUCCACCCAGAAAUUCAGCAAAUCUGGAUGACACCAAGGAAAGAAUGAUCGCAGCCUCAGACCCGCUGGAAUAUUCACCAGGUGGACGUCAGACCUACCGCCGCCACCCGGGUUCCGUAAUCCACCAGCAAAAUGCUGAGAACCGAACCCUCCAAAACGACAGUGCUCUCCUCCAAAAAUUCAGUCAAGUCAACAUAUCCGACAAGUCCCUAAAAGAAUUCUGGUUGAUCCGCGACACGCCGGAUCACGGCGAAGAGGAGCUCUACUGCUCCGGCAAAGUGGCAGUGCACUCGAGGGGUUCCCAGCUCACUCGAGUCCUGCGCACCAGCUACACCUGCGACACGGACAUAAAGCACGCACUCUGGUGCAAUUUCUGCACAAACCCCCCAAGCCAAAGUCACUCGCCACCCCCAAGCCCCGAGGACCCGGAAGCCCCGGAGAAGACAGUGGAGUGCAUCUGUCUGCUGGACUCCUACACCCUAAAAGUCUUCACCGAGACCGGUGAGGACUACGUGUCGAGCCUGCAGUUCCAGAUCUCCUCGGUCUGGCCGACCAAGUACGGAAUUCUCUUGGAGAAGUCCCAGGUGCCAGCGGCCUCUCGAUACGCCUCCUUGGAAACCAGUCGAUGGGCUCAACAGAACGACCCGACCCUUCCCAUCGCGUUCUCCCUGACCCACCCCCUGGACGAGAUCUGCCCCCUCCUGAUGAAACACGGCACAAUCACUUACAUGUGCGAGCCCAGCCAGCAGAUAGUCUUCACCUCGUCAUCCCCCUCGCUAGCAGUCAUCUACGACACGAAGACAGGUCUCCACUCGGUCUACAAAAUAAGAAAGGCCUCCAUGGAUGAGAGGCAGGUGGUCUGUGGCACCGGCGACGUCACCCCGAGCAUGUUCAACCACUCGACGAGUGCCUCCCCCCUGCACCUGCCUGGAAAUGCCUCUGGAAACAAGAGCUGCAGCACGAAGACCCAUUUGAGCCUCUUCGGCGUGCCCAAUCCCCAACUGAGUGGCGUCAGCAUGGGAAUGAGCUUGGGAAUGUCGAACAGUCCCUUCGGCUCCAGAGGCACCUCCUACACGACCUCGUGCUCAGGAGGUGCCCCCUCACCUCAACAACACCAGACUACUCACUCAAGAUCUCAAAGCCCCAUGGCGACAAUCUCCAGGUGUCAGUCCCCAACCCAUCCAGCUUUCUCUCCUCUAAUCGGAGGUUCCAUGGGCCCCAUAAUCCACCAGACUCGUCUCCAUCAGACCGUCAUGGCCACCAUCAUGUGUCACUCCCAGCACAAUCCCAGCAGUUGCAACAGUUUCCACUUUCAGGAUGCACCUGUUACUUCUAGUAAACCGUUGUACCCUGAGAUCUGUCUGGAUCACGUCUGGACAGAGAAUUCGGGGGUUCCCAAGGAGGUUCCCUCUGGGAAGGCGUCCAAGGUGCUCCUCACGUCCGACCUCGUGGGCCAGGGGUACCUGGGGUACCUCGUCCCCUCGAGGUCCCAAUUAUUUCUAGUCAGAAUCGAGAAGACUAACAAGCAACAGCAGAUUAUCUUCGGCAUGGUGGCUAGUAUUGUUGCUAAGGACGCUGUCAAUCUUCCCUCGAUUAACAUGAUCGCCACCCUGGACUUAUCAAACGGCGUGACACUGUACUCGGGCGUCACAUGUGUCGGGAAGGUUCACAUACCAAGUCUGCAUCCGACCAUCGGCUGCAACUACUUCUCGAGUAAUUUAGGGCCCAAACUGGUGAGCUCACCCUUCCCCAAGAGGAGUUCGUUGAAUGCUCAGCACAUUGGGGGGGACAUAAAGUUCGAUGAGGCGCUGCAUACUUUGAGCCCCGUUGGCACCUGUGGGAGGCCCACGAUGCUGAUGGACAACUCCAUUCACGACGCUGGAUUGGUCGGUCUCAAAGACGCAGUUGGGAAUAAAAUCACUUUGGAGUAUGGGAACAAGAGCUUCUACAGGGUGGCGUUGCCCACCUCGAGCACUUCUCCAUUAGUCACCAGGUGUCUCAAGGCCCUGAGGAGUGUCUUGCAACGUGAUCUGGCCAUGCAGCUCCUCGUCAAGUGGUAUGGGGCUAGAAAUGCCCCUGGACCACAGGAUUUCUCGUUAUCCCAGGAGUGGCACCUGUUCAUCGUGGUUCUACUGACUCUCCUUGGGUACGAUGUUGAUAAGCUACCUCUGGUGAGGAGGAACGAUGGCGAUGGCUGUGCGGAGAGGAGCAGUCCCAUCGUCGUUCCCAAAAAGCAGAAGACCAAUGACUCUGGGUCACAAGAGGACUGGCUGAACACUUUGGGGUCCCAGGAGCAUAAGAACUCCCAGAAUUUAGUCGCAAAUGUUCUUCAUCUGUCGAAAUCCAUUGCUGUGAAGCCUGAGGUCACCAUCAGGGUCGAUCGAGACGGCAACGCUGGGAGAAUCAGCACUCAGGCCAUUCUGUUUCCUUAUCUACCUCUGGUUUUAUUCUCCCUUCAUCUUCUCUAUGAAGAGUUGAAGCUGAAUUGCGUGAUGUCGGAGAGCUUGCCUCUCCUUGCCCAACUGCUGCACCAACUCAGCAGAGAUCUGAAGUUCAAUAUGUACUCGCAUCAUUAUUUCCUGGAUCAUCCAGGCCACUGUUCAGACUAUGAGUGUCCCUCGCAGAUGAAUUCAGCUGAUCUCCAGAAGAUUACUCCCCCUAAUUAUAUGCCGAUGAAGCCACCGAGGGUCUUCGAGACGCUCAAUGAUCUGUUGAAGACUGGGGAAGCGAUGGCUUAUCCUCACCUGAGUCGAGUGAACCCCAUGUCUAAGAGCAUCGUUCAACUCGUGGCCAUGAUCGCUAAUGAGGGCAGGGUGGACUCACUGGAGAUGGAGAGGUUUGUCAAGGUCAUUGUACCGGCGGGGAGUCGGGUUGACCACAAGGAGACUGGGUUCAAGAUCGAUAAGGAUGUGUCGAGGAAGGUGGAGAGACCGGUUGCUGACAGAAUAGUCCUCCUCUACCACGAGAUGGGCAUGUCCAAGAAGGACCUGGAGACUCUCCCCCCAGGGGUCUCCCUAAUACUGAAAGACGUGAUGUACCGUUGCCGAGAGCGGCCCCCGUCAACCUGGCCGACCCAGGCCUACGAGCUGGUGGACCGUCAGGACCUGGCUGCCCUCGAAAAACACCUGAAGAACCUCUCCCACAAAUUGGACACCGACUCCACCUCCAACUACCCAAUCCGCGACCCCGAGCAGGACGACGGCAUGACCUUCGACGACGCGAUCCUCAAGUUGCGCUUCAACAAGGACCACAGGAUCUCCGAGGUUCGUCGCCUCCUGAACUCCUCGAAGCCCGUGAAAAUCGCCAUCGUCCAGCGCCCCGAGGUCUCCGAUCACGAGUUCAUCGAGGAGCAAGAGCGUCAUCUCCACGCGUUAUGCUCACGGACAAUGGCUCUCCCAGUGGCGCGAGGAAUGUUCACCCUGAGAACAUCAACGCCAAUCGUUACAGAACAACUGCCCAUUCCUAGACUCUGUCUCACGGGGAAGGCGGCGCUGAGGGGCACCACAGUCGAACUCUCCCACAUCGACGUCCCCCCGAACAUGAAUCUCUGGCCGCUAUUCCACAAUGGAGUGGCUGCAGGCCUCAGGAUCCACCCGGACGCCUCCAACAUCGACUCCACCUGGAUUGUGUACAAUAAACAGCAGCAGGGAGAGUUCGGCAUCGAGCACUCGGGCUUCCUGAUGGCUCUGGGGCUCAAUGGGCACCUGAAGAAACUCGCUCCCUUCAGCAUGUACGAGUACCUCGUGGAGUGUCACGAGUCGACGAAUGUUGGACUUCUUCUGGGACUCUCUGCCACUCAUCGGGGCAGUAUGGACGUCUCCAUGACCAAGCUGCUGUCUCUUCAUGUGGAGACUCUUCUCCCACCCACUAGCAUCGAACUCAAUGUUCAACAGAAUGUUCAGGUGGCUGCACUGAUGGGAGUGGGCCUCGUUUACGAGGGCACAGCCCACCGCCACAUCUCGCACGCCCUCCUAUCAGAGAUAGGAAGACCCCCAGGUCCAGAGAUGAAGAACUGCGUCGACCGGGAGUCCUACUCCCUCGCAGCAGGGCUCGCCCUGGGUCUCGUGGUCCUAGGACGAGGUGGUGGGGCCGACCUAGCCAGCAUCCCUGACACCCUCCACUAUUACAUGGUCGGGGGGAACUCGAGACCCUUCACAGGUGCCCAAAAGGAAAAAUACAAAUCCCCCAGCUAUCAAAUUCGCGAGGGGGACUCCAUCAACAUCGAUGUCACCAGUCCAGGGGCUACAAUAGCCCUCGGUUUGAUGUACUUCAACACUGGAAAUCGAGCUGUUGCAGAGUGGAUGCGAGCUCCUGGUACCCAGUUUCUCCUGGACUUCGUCAGGCCUGAUCUCCUGCUACUGAGGAUUUUGUCGAGAUCCCUCAUCCUCUGGGAUGAGAUUGAGCCCACGAACAGCUGGGUCUCCUCCCACGUCCCUGAUAUCGUCUACAAGUACAGAUUGCAGAAGCCAACCUCUGAGAUCACCCAGAAUGUCGACCUGGAGACCAUGAAUCAAACCUACUGCAACAUCAUAGCUGGUGCCUGCAUGGCUCUUGGCCUCAAGUACGCAGGGAGUGCUAAUGAGAAUGCCUUCAAGAUCCUCUUGAACUACGCGAAGAUGUUCACAGCUCUGUCCCACAAGUCCAUUGGAGAGCUUGCAGGAAAAUCCACAAUUGAAACGUGUCUCAACGUAACUCUACUGUCAGCUGCAGUGGUGAUGGCAGGAACUGGUAAUCUGGACGUCAUGAGGAUCUGCAGGCAGAUCAGAACGAGAGUGGGACCAGCGUCGAGUGUCGUCACUUAUGGCUCUCAUCUGGCCACUCACAUGGCUCUGGGCCUGUUGUUCCUGGGGGGAGGGAGGUACACACUGUCCAACAGUCCCAGUGCAGUGGCUGCAUUGAUUAUCUCUCUAUUCCCCAAGUUCCCAACGCACAGCAAUGAUAAUAGGUAUCAUCUCCAGGCUUUGAGGCAUCUGUAUGUCCUCGCAGCCCAGCCCAGACUGGUUUUACCCAGGGAUAUUGACAGCAGGGCUCACUGCUACGCCACCUUGAAGCUCACUUUCAGGUCGGAGAAGCUCGAGAAGGGACAGGAGAUCACCAUGAAGGCUCCUUGUCUUCUUCCGCAGUUGGAGAGUCUGGAGAGGGUGGAGUUGAAGGAUGAUAGGUACUGGGAGAUUGUUUUUCAGAGGGGCCACAACUGGCAGCUGCUGGAGGGAAUGUUGUCCAAGUGUGAUUCACUGGAUGUGAAGCAGAAAGCUGGGUGUCUUCCGUAUGUGGAGGAUCCUCAGGGCUUCAGGAGUCUUGUUGCUCAAACUUUGACUACUGAGAAUGUUAUACCGUGGGCUGCCAGGCAGGAGCACGUCACUAGUUUCACCAAUGACAAAACCGUCUUGAAUAUCGUCAAGUACUUCCUGCAGAAACGAUCCAGUGAGAAUUUUGAGAGGAAGUUUGGGGAGGUUUCGAUACAAGGGAGCAGUAAGGUUAACUCCGGGUAUGUCUCGAAGAGCUUUGGAGAGAGCUUGUCUGAGAAAAUGGAGAUCGGGGAGAGCUCUUCACCUGCGAGGAGCCCCCAGAGUCUUGUUAACGCUCAGGAGGAGGCCAGGGAAGUCUCUGAGGUCGAGAGGUACUUCCUGCAGACCCUGGCCAUCAUUGUUUAUGAGUGUGUUAUUAAGGAUAAAGUCAGUCUGCUGCCUCUCUGGGUGAAUCUUUAUAAGAGCAUUGAGGUCAUUGAGAGGAGACCCACCAGCAAUCUUGUGUGGCAGGUUAAACUCGUGGCUGCUCAUGUCCUCGCUAGGUGCCAGGUCGAUGAUGCUAAUGCUCUUUUCAGUGUCGAGAGCGUUCUUGCGAUCAAACAGCGGGUGGCACUGAUCAUGGAUAUGUGGGAGGAAGAAUUACGGCCAGUAUUGAAAAAAUAUAUUCAAACAGGUGCAAUUGAAGGAGACGCAGCUACCAUGAGGAAAUUCACAGCUUACUGCACAUAUUACGAUAUUCCAUACACAAAUGCCCGUUUAGGACCUGUUGAUUUCAAUCCCUUCAAUACUCAGCUUCAUCUGCCUGAAGUAACGCUGUACAAAUUGUAUAAAUUAGGUGGAAAUUUCUCAGGGAAUUGAGGGGAAAAGUUUUAGUAGAGCUUUCAUGUUUUUUUUUAUUACGAAAAUGUACACGCAGUCGAUCACACUUGUUUCUUCAGGCUCCGAAUGCACCGGGUCAUUCACGUGAACUAAUCCACUGUAAAUAGUUUACAUCUAUGCUAGUUCUAAGUCGUGUUAUAAAUAUAUUUUUUACAAAAGAGAUAUUUGUUUCUGUUUAACAAACUCCAGAGAAAGUCUUUGAAUUACAUUAUGGAAGAAAUUUUCAAUUCUUUUGAAUAAUAAAAUUAAAUUAUGAGAAGGUUUUUGGAUUUAAUUUGAGCAAUAUUUGUCCCUCACUAAUUUCAAAUAAAUCGUCAAUUAUUCUUGUUCAGGAUUUUUUUCUAAAUUAUUUGCUCUAGUUUCUCGUUUGACGCAUUUUGAUUCUUGGAGAUUUCUUCCUGCCCGAAAUAUUUGCAGGCAAAAUAUUUUUUACGGAAAAGAUCUCGUUUUUUAACUAACGAACCCCAGAGAAAGCCUUUAAA